UCACACUGCGCUCACAGCUGUUCGGUCACCUCAUUUUUGUUUUUUGCUUUUAUUUAUAACAAUUCGUUAAAUGAACCACUAAAUAGACCGAAGGCAGCUGCAGCAGCAUGGACGCGAAGUAGGAGACACCAUGGAGACGCUGCCAUGUGCCAUCCAGCUGCAGGAGCCCCAGCAGCCGCCACCGCAUCCGCAUCCGCAGCUCGUGAAUCUCAGCAUGGAGGCGAGCCUGGGCGAGAAUGUGGUCAGCAUUCCCAAGGAGCUGAUCCUAAUCUCGCUGGUCUCCCAGGAGCAGUCGCUCUACAAUCCCAAGCACCCCAACUAUCGGAGCACCAAGGUCAAGGACGAGAAGUGGCUGGAGAUCGGCAGCAAUGUGGGCUGGUCUGAUGUGCAGUGCAAGUCCAAGUGGAAGGCCAUGCGGGACCAGUACUGCCGGGAGCUGAAGCGCGCCAAGGUCUGUGCAAAGGCGGUAAAGUGGAAGUACUUCAAGGAGCUGGACUUUCUGCGUCCCUAUGCGCUCGCAAGGAAUUACAGGGGAAGAUCUGGACAGAAUUCCGCUGGUAUUGCCUCCACGGUGACGCCCAUUUCGCUGCCCCUCGGCAAUUCCUUCAGCAGCAACAGCAGCAGCCAGAACUUGAACCUCUCCGGCAGCAUCAAGAUAGAGGAUGGCGGCGCCACCACGCUGCUAGAUAACUGCAGCUUUAGCAGCUCGGCCAGUGCGGUGGACAAGAAACCGGCAGCCACCUUCAUGACCAGCCAUAUGGGCGGAGUUAUGCAGCAGUCGCAGUCGGAGAGCAACUGGAACUAUUUGACCGACGCCGGAGGUGGUGCAGCGCCCUCCAUCAUCGUUCAGUGUGGAACGGCAAACACCACCACUGUGGUGGACACUCUGUACAACGAGUUUGUGAAUGCCGUUAAUCAGUCAGGAUCAGGGGCCACAGCAACGGCUUCCACUGCAUCCGCCACAGCUCACGCAGCCGCGCACAAUCAGACGGGAACGAAUGCCGAAGAGGAGGACGACGAUCCCAUACACACGUUCCUUAACAUGGAGAGCUACUUUGAGAAGGAGCUGAUCACGCUGAUCCAGCAGGAGGACAUGAUCUACAACUACGGCAAUGAGAACUAUCGCAAUGCCAAGCUGAAGAUGGAGGUGUGGGAGGAGAUCGCGCGGAAGCUAAAGAAGUCGGUGCGGCAGUGUCGGCUGAAGUGGAAGGCUUUGAGGGACCAAUAUGCACGCGAGCAUAAGCGAUUAAGAACACUGAUGCACAUGGACGCCACAUCGCGGUGGAAGCACUACGACUCUCUCGGCUUCCUGCAAAAGUACAUACAACAAAAGACGCUGGAGAACGACCCUCAACUGGGUAUGCUGCUGCCCAAACAUGACCCGACGAGAGAGCUUGAGGAGCACAUGGCCCAGUCCCACUCGCCACCCGCGCAACAGCAGAGCACCUUGGAGUCUUCGUCGAGUUCCCAGCUCAGUAUGCCCGCCCUGCCCCACCUAACGGGGCCGCACAAGGCCGAGUUGGCCAACUCAAUGCCAGAACAACAGCAGGAGGAGCAACAGCAGGCCAGUGAGCUGUGCGUAGCCACUUACGACGAUAUGGACAUUGAGAAUUACAUCAAUGGGGGCGAGGCUCACCAUGAUGAUGAGGAAGAGGAUGACGAAGAUGAAGAAAUGGAGGGUACCACGGCAGCGGAACAAAGUCAACAGCAGCAAGAGCAGCAUGUGGUGGGCUACGAUCAUGAUGAAGGUCCUGUUUACAUGGAAGUUCAGCGUGUGAGCAGUUCCAUAGCCAAGCAUGAUCAGCUCAGCGACGGUGCCUCAAAUAUGGAGCACCAGCAGCAGCCAUCUUCUGGGGAGUUCCAGCAAAAGCUGGAGAUUCAGACGCCCACUACUCCACGAUACCAGAAUGCUGCCAACACUCCCAGCUCGGCUUCCACUUCUCGCUACCACUCAGCGCCCAUCACUCCGAACAAGCCCAGCCAUGCGGAGUUUCCAACCGCCAACGGCCACAAUCCUGGUGAGGAUGAUGAGAUUGGUGCCUUUUUCAAGGCAGUGGCCAUGAAGAUUCGGAAUGCCCAGUUGGAGCCGGUUGCUUUUACCGAUCUGCAAAUAGAUAUUCUGCGAGUCAUCAAUGAGGCACUCAGGAAUCACUAGCACUGCUACCAGCAGUAGGGAGACCCUCUGUCGCUAUUUGCAAACAUCAAUGGUUUCAGGGCGUUUCAUUUUAGCUUGUAAGUGUUAUUUCGAAAGUGUUUUCUUUUAAUUUGUAAUUGAGUUGAUUUUUUUGUAAAGAUCUUUUAAUUUUGUAAACCUUUAAACGCGAAAAUCGAUUGGCUGAGCUGCUCAAAGGCUAAACUUAUUAAGCUGUUAAUUGUACAUAGACCAAAAUCCAAUAAAAAAAAAAAAUGAACGAAAGAGUGUUUAUUAGCUUAGAAUGAUGUCGGUACUCACACCCUGGAAGGAACUAAAAAUUCAUACUUUUAUAUAAAUAAAUAUAUAAUAUUGUACCAAAAUCGUACAAGAAACGAA